AAAAGAAAAAGUGAACAUUCUUGAAGAAUCAGUCAGCCUCAACACACCUUGGAGGAGUAGGAGGGCAAGCAAAUAUAAAAAGGAAAAGUUUUUGGGGGGAAACAAAUAAUUUGGCCAAAGCUGUUCCAAGAGUUUCUUCUUCCACUGAAAUAUAAACGAUGAUGAUCGAAUGGAUAUAAACAAAAAGAGUUACCGAGAAGGUGGGGAGACCAGUGGAAGAACAUACUCUGAAACAGUAUCAACCUCAACAAGACUUGUUUCGUUACCACCAAAAGGAGCUAAUAGUAGUGGUUCCAAAAUUUCAUACCAGAGUGGAGGGGGUGGCAUGGAAAAGAAGAACCUCGUCCAAAGCACCAGUUACGUCACUUCAUCCUCAGGUGGCAGCUCAAGAGUAAACAUUAGCUCAUCUGGACCUAGAUUUAAUCAGUCUCAAAGUUCUGCACUAUCUGUCUCCCCAAACUCUACCUUUGAUAGGAAGACCUAUACCUCCGGCAGUCGCCACGGAGGUGGUUAUGAAGGAAGCUCCAGUGGGAAUUCUUCUCCAGAAUACGCAAGAAAAGAAAUGGCAUCUUCCACCACCAGGGGGCGGACUCAAAGCAGAGAAACUGAAAUCCGUACUCGCCUCCAAAGUGCAUCCCCCUCAACAAGAUGGACAGAACUUGAUGAUGUGAAGAAAUUAUUGAAAGGAGGUCGUUCCACCAGUGUCAGCCCCACUAGGUCUCCAACAAACACACUCCCCAUUCCCAAGAAAGCUACAGUUGAAACAAAAAUAGUAACAGAAAGUUCUCAAUCAGUUUCUGGAGCCUAUGACACAACCAUACUAGAUGCUGCCCUCCCAUCAUACAUGUGGACUUCCACCCUCCCAGCAGGAUCAUCAAUGGGUGGUGGAUACCAUAACAACAUGUCCUAUGGCUCAUCUAUGAUGAACGCCAAUUCUUCUGGAUCAGUGUUCGGAAUGCCCAAUAAUUUGGCUCCAAGCUCCCCAUCCCUAAAUUCAGGCUUUACCAGUUCUUCAGCAGUAUUCGGAGUUCAGAACAAUCUUGCACCUAUGGCUGCACCAAUACAAGCACCCAUCGUUAGCAGUAUGGCGGCCACAACAGCUGCAGGGUAUGGAGUACAGAAAAAUACUGCUCAAAGCUCAGGUGCUACUGUAAGUAGCACAGUAACUACCCAACAAGUUACUGGUGGAAAAAGUCAAGGUGAGGAGAUCCUUAGCAAAGAUUACAAGUUUCUUCUGCUGGAGAAAGAGAAAGCACCAAGCAAAAAAGAAGGGGAUAUGUUGAUCAUGAGCAAAGAUUCUGGAAAAGUCUUCACAGCUACCAGCAGUGGAGGUUCAGAUUCUUUUCGUGAUGACACUCUUAAGAAAGAAAAAUCAAUGACUACUUCCAUGGACAGUUCCUAUAGAUCUGAAGCUAAUGGAGGGUAUAAAGUAACAAAGGAUAAGGCCACUUAUGCAGAAAUACAUCGAGUAGAUGGAUAUAAGGCUGGAGCAGAUAGAGUUGAUGGUGGAAAAGGUGGUGGUGGAGGAGGAGGAGGUGUAAUUGUAGAAAGAGAUGACGUCUGUGGACCUUGUGGCUCUUGCUGCAAGUGGUGGAUGUGGCUCCUCGGUUUGCUUCUGGGCUUGCUUUUCCUUUUUGGAUUACUCUUUGGCCUGCUAUCUCUAAUGCAUGAAGUGAAUACAUUGAAAAGUCGUGUAGAUGUCCUGGAAGACAAUACCAAAAAAGCUGAAAAAAUACAGGUUGAUAGUCGGACAUUUGAUUUAGGCAGCGCGGCACAACCAGCCAGAUCAUCCACCAUUGACCUGUCAAGCAAUUUACAACCAGGUGUUACUGUCAUCAAUGAUCAAGAUAAAUUAGCUUUAUGGGAAUACAUAAGGGUCAGAAUGCAAUCAGAGCGGAAAAAUUUUGUUGGCGAAAAGGGAGAAGCUGGACAGAAAGGUGACAUGGGUUUCCAAGGUGAAAAAGGUGACAGAGGAUUUCCUGGAUCCCAAGGAGCUCCAGGUCUCAUUGGUCACCCUGGUUCAGAAGGACCAAAGGGACAAAAGGGAAAUUCUGGUGACACUGGCACAGAAGGACCAGCUGGGCAAAGGGGAAGAGAAGGAUUACCUGGACCUCGUGGUGAGCCUGGUCCCCAAGGUAUUGGUGAAAAAGGAGACAGAGGCACGGCAGGUGAGCCAGGAAUGCCAGGAACACCAGGCUUACCAGGAUCAAUUGGAAUGAAAGGUACUAUGGGUCUUCCAGGUCCACAAGGUUCCCCAGGUUCUCCGGGUCAGCAAGGAUACAGAGGUGAAGCAGGUGUUGCAGGUCCUAAAGGUGACAAGGGUUCUGCAGGUCCACCUGGAAUUAAAGGUGAUCAAGGUGAAAAAGGAAAUCGUGGACUCACAGGAGAAACUGGACCAAGAGGAUUACCAGGUCCAAGUGGAGAAGCUGGAGCAAAAGGAUCUGCAGGUCCAGCAGGGCCAGAUGGACAUCAAGGACCAAGAGGUGAACAAGGGCUUCUG